UGCACAUGCGCUGAAAGCACCCUAAAUCACAUGACCCGUCGCUCACGUGACGUGUUUAGAGUCACCUGAUUGGUCGAGGAAACGUCCUCCCACAAGGAGGCUUUUUUUGACGGCACUUCAGCAGAAACGGUCUCCGGGUUGUUCAAGUCGCCACCAUGAGGCUGGUGAUUCUGGAGGAGUACGAGCUGGCCAGCCAGUGGGCAGCCAAAUAUAUUUGUAACAAAAUCAUCCAGUUCAAGCCCUCCGCCGACAGAUUCUUCACCCUCGGCCUCCCUACAGGAAGCACUCCAUACGGCUGUUACCAGAAGUUAAUUGAAUACCACCGAGCUGGACGUCUGUCUUUUAAGUUUGUGAAAACCUUCAACAUGGAUGAAUAUGUUGGUCUACCUCGUGCACACCCCGAGAGCUACCACUCCUACAUGUGGAACAACUUCUUCAAGCACAUCGACAUCGACCCCGCCAACGCUCACAUCCUGAAUGGGAAUGCAGAGGACCUGGUAGCGGAGUGUCAGGCCUUCGAGCAGAAGAUUGCAGAAGCUGGAGGGAUCCAGUUGUUUGUUGGGGGCAUUGGACCUGAUGGCCACAUUGCAUUUAAUGAGCCAGGAUCCAGCCUCGUCUCCAGAACCAGAGUGAAGACCCUGGCCAAGGACACCAUCGUGGCCAACGCUCGCUUCUUUGGCAACGACCUCGCCAAGGUCCCUACCAUGGCUCUCACUGUUGGAGUCGGGACGGUCAUGGAUGCCAAGGAGGUCUUGAUCCUCAUCACCGGCGCACACAAAGCGUUUGCUCUCUACAAGGCCAUAGAAGAAGGUGUAAACCACAUGUGGACAGUCUCCGCCUUCCAGCAGCAUCCGCACACCAUAUUUGUUUGUGAUGAAGAUGCAACACUGGAGCUACGGGUGAAAACUGUCAAAUACUUCAAAGGUCUGAUGCAUGUCCACAACAAACUGGUGGAACCGCUGCUCAGCAUAAAGGAGCAGUAAUGUUACACGCCUAGUCAACAAUGACAUGUUUACCAGGUAACCUUUUGAAGGGAUGAUCACAUGUUCAGUGUCACGACCCACAGGGGCCUGGAGCAUACCCAUACCCUACCUAACCUACCUGACUUGUGGGCAGAUGUUACAGUACAUAGCGGACCUUGCAUGCAGUUACAUUUGCAAGCCACUAGAUGGCAGUUGGAACUAGAGUAGCGUGUUAAAGAGCCGCACAUGGCGGGUGUCAAGAUGUCCGCAAUAAAGCCAACACAACUGAA